CCGGGGGCAGCGGGCAGGGGGCGGGCAGCGAUCGUGCGCCCCCCGACGAGGGACGGGGCCGGGGCUCCGGUGGCGGCGCCUCCCCCGGGCAGCUCCGCGGGCCGCGCCCGCCGCCGGGCGAUGGUGGCGGCGGCGGAGGCGGCAGCAGCAACUUCCCGCUGAGGGGCCGGCGGAGGAGCGGAAAUUUGGGGGGGGAAGGCAAAAAAAACAAACAAAAAAAAAAAGAACCGAGAGAACUUCCCCCUGCGCCGCGCUGCGCCGCGCUCCGGCUGAAAGAUGUCUGAGACCGCUGCCCAGUGUUGCAUUAAGCAGGAAAGAAUUUCCUACACACCUCCAGCGAGCCCGGUACCAAAUCACACUUCCUCGACACCACUACAUGUCCCAGUGCCUCGAGCGAUAAGGAUGGAGGAAGACAUGAUCAGACUGCCAGCACACCUGCGUGAGUGUCAGUGCGGAGGCAUGCCUCCUUCAGCUGAGGAGGGUGCCGGGCAGGGUUUGCAGCCCGUUUACUGGAGCAGGGAUGAUGUGGCACAGUGGCUCAGAUGGGCAGAGAAGGAGUUUUCCUUGAGGCCGAUUGAGAGCAACACUUUUGAGAUGAAUGGCAAGGCUCUGCUGCUCCUGACCAAAGAGGACUUUCGAUACAGGUCUCCUCAUUCAGGCGAUGUUCUGUAUGAACUCCUUCAGAAUAUCCUGAAGCAAAGGAAAGCUCGUAUGCUGUUCCCACCUUUUUUCCACCCUGGGAACUCAAUCCAUGCUCAGCCAGAGGUCCUAUUACACCAGAACCAUGACGAAGAUAGCUUUGUCCAGAGACCUUCAAGACCAUCCACAGAAACAGUCCACCACAAUACCCCAACCAUUGAACUGUUGCAUCGUUCUAGAUCACCCAUCACCAACAACCACCGUCCAUCACCAGACCCCGAUCAGUGGCCACUGAAGUCCCCUAUGGACAACGCUAUCCGUCGCCUCUCCCCAGCUGACAGGGUGCUAGGGUCAAGGCAUCAGCAAGAGAACAACCACCAGGAGUCCUAUCCUCUCUCAGUGUCCCCAGUAGAGAACAACCACUGCCUGCCUCCUCCUGAGGUGCUCCAGAAGCCCUCGAGCCCUCGCCAGGAGAACACCAGGGUCAUCCAGCUGAUGCCCAGCCCUAUCAUGCAUCCUUUGAUACUGAACCCCAGGCACUCCGAUUUCAAACCUCCAAGGUUGUCUGAGGAUGGGCUGCACAGGGAGGUAAAGCCAAUCAACUUGUCCCACCGAGAAGAGUUAGCUUACAUGAACCACAUCAUGGUGUCUGUAUCCCCUCCUGAGGACCAUGCAAUGCCAAUAGGAAGAAUAGCGGACUGUAGGUUGCUUUGGGAUUAUGUUUAUCAGCUGCUUUCUGACAGCCGGUACGAAAAUUUCAUCCGAUGGGAAGAUAAGGAAUCCAAAAUAUUUCGGAUAGUGGAUCCCAACGGGCUGGCCCGGCUGUGGGGAAACCACAAGAACAGAACAAAUAUGACUUAUGAGAAAAUGUCCAGAGCCCUACGCCACUACUACAAACUAAAUAUUAUCCGGAAGGAGCCAGGACAAAGGCUUUUGUUCAGGUUCAUGAAGACCCCAGAUGAGAUUAUGAGUGGCAGAACAGACCGCCUCGAGCACCUUGAGUCCCAGGAACUGGAUGAACAAACAUACCAAGAAGAUGAGUGCUGAAGGGAACUGGUGCACCGCCUCUGUGUGUCCACGGGAGAAACAUCUGCCUGGAUGGCUGGCACAGUUUGGGAGGGGAAGCAACAACACAGAAGCAGUACUUGCGGUCUCCACUUAGCUUGAAGACCAUGCAGGACCUGAAGCACCUUAACAAAACAAACUAACAGGCAGAAGUGGUGCUGGCAGAAAAGUAAAGGGGAGAAAGCCUGGACUUAUGCACUACUUCACUGUUCCUACAGAGUCUCCCUUGAGUUCUUUCUUUCUUUUUGGUUUCAUUUUUUUUGUUUGUUUUUUUUUUUUUGGAUUUGUUUUUUUUUUCCCCCCCUAAUAAACAUGCAGUUUGAUUUUCCUUAUCUCACAUAGGACAAGACAUCAGAUUAUGCUUUUUUUUUGGGAAGGCUUUCCUAUGGAAAUAGAGCACUCUUAUUUUCUGUGCAAGUCUCAUGAUGUAACACUGCAUAAAACAAUAGCAACACAGGAGGGAUUUGCUCAAGGGUUCCAGUUUGCUUGGAUCAAUGCGACUGGGAAAUGUGUUGAAGCUACCAAAAGAAUUUACCACACACGUCUGUCAAAUGAAGAGGAGUCACCCUUCAUGUAUUGGCUGGGAUAGCAUUCCAGCGUAGUUUGGGCUCAUGAGUCCUGCAAGUGGCUAUUUACUGAGGGCAUAUGGACCAAAACCAAUCACCUAAGUGCUCCAGGGAGGAGAAAAAUAAAUGUGACAAACCUCUGCAAUAGACUGAUGUUGACAUUGUCCCUCCCUCUAGCAAAGAAGUGAUAGAAUGGAGUGGGGGGGAGAGGGGCAGGGAUGAAUAUAAAUAUAUAUGUAUAUAGAGAGAAACAUUUCAUAUAUAUAUAUGUUUAUACGUAAACCCCACAAUAUAUGCACAAAGCAGAAUUUCAGAUCAAAGCCUUUGAUAAAAAAAGCAAAGGCUGAAACAUCUGAAAUUACAAAAGGGAUUUUUUUUUCUUAUACCUGCUAGCAAUUUUGGGGUGAAAGGUGAAGGACUGUUCCUUACAUCUUAAGGACAAUGCAAAGGGACCCAUCAUAUGGUUUGUACUACUCAGAAACUACUCCAGGAUCAUUUUGUGCCACUGGAGAGGUAGAUGAUUCACCAAUCUAAAAAUUGAUGGUAGAGAACUAGAGACCAAAUAGCUGUACUGAUACCUUGGAAUUGAUUUUGGCUUUGUUUGUUUAUGCCUCUCACAACUCUUCCCCACCCCACAGCUUUGCCAUCCAGGAAUCUUGUCUCAGCUUGCCUGUUUUUAACAUGAUUUAAAAGACCAGAAAAAAGAAA